AUGGUGGCUUUCAAAGGGCUUUAUCGUCAGUUCUCUCGCGUGGCGAAAGUUCUGGCACACAAGCAGAUAAGAAGAUAUGACAAGUGGCGAGAUGUAGUGAGAGAAAUGGCUAAUGAAAAGAAUCUUGCAGCGUCAGACGGAGAGUUGAAUAUGUCCACACGGAGCUGCGCAUACAACAGUUCUAGCCUCCCUGGGACCCCGGGCAGUGAGGCCUUCCCAGCUAAUAAUGUGCUAAGCUGGGCUGUCUCUUUUGAGAAGCUGCUAGAAGACCCCAAUGGCGUCAACUACUUUACUGCCUUUCUAAAAUCGGAGGUGAGUGAGGAGAACAUAUUAUUCUGGCAAGCCUGUGAAAAGUUCAAGAAGAUCCCAGCCACAUCAUUAGAGGAACUGAAGGCAACGUCUCGCUCCAUCUAUGAAACGUACUUGUCUGAGAGUGCUCCUCACUCGAUCAACAUAGAUGAUACGGCCAAGAAAGAAGAAAAAGACUUGGAACAACCUACGCCUGAUAUGUUUAACAAAGCUCAAGCGCAGAUAUUUAAACUGAUGAAGAUGGACAGCUACAGACGCUUUGUGCGCUCUCCCCUCUACCAGACCUGCACUUUUGCAAGUGUAGAAGGCAAAUGUUUACCUCAGCUCUCCACGGAACCUUUACGCACUGUAUCCUGGGAGGAUGUGACCACUCGAAGCCCGAACUUAAUUGACAAAAAGAGCAAGAAGUCCGACGGCAGUACUUUAUUCUCAGCUGCUAAGAGCGACAAGCAGCGACAGAAAAGGGGAUCCUGGGGAGAUGCAUCCCACAGCAUUGUUUCACUUUCUCCCAGAGAGGAUCAAGUAAUCAAGAAGAGCAGUAGCGUGGAGCUCGACUCCCUCUACAGGCAUGCAGAGAAUAGCCAAUCGAGUCCUCGCUCCCUGGAACAAACCGGCGUCUCCGGAGGACCCGCUGGGAUGGAAGGCGGCUAUUGCUGUGUCUACCUGCCUGAUGGAAGCGCUUCCCUGGCUCCGACCCCUUCUGGGCUGCCCAUAAGAGACAUGCUGGCUGGUCUGUGUGAGAAAAGAGGCAUCGCACUGAAAGAUGUCAUCAUCUACCUACAGGGCAAGGAAAAGCCAUUAUCAUUGGACCAGGACUGCUCUGUACUGAGAGAUCAGCAGGUUCUGCUUGAGCUUCGGGUGACGUUUAUACUGGAAAAUGCUCUUACAGGAAGGACUGGUGGUAUCAUGGCAAAGUCCAGUAAGACGCUACAGGAAGCCCUCUCCACGGUGUUACAGAAGCAUAGUCUAAAGCCUAACGACGUCCAGGUUACCACUGUUGGGAGUGACGAGGCAGUCACCAUGAGCACUACUGUGUUCAGACUGGCCAAUAAAAUGCUGCGCCUUGACAAAGCCAGAGGAAGAGACCAAAGCAACAAUCCUCGAGCCAGUGGAACUGCUGCUGUAACACAGGCUGGUUCAGGCGCUUCGGAGUCCCGGUUGUCACUUCAGAUCGACAAAGUCAAGACACCACCAAAGCCCAGUAAGAACCCCGACAUGGAUGGGCUACUGGACAUCCUGACCAGGGCCCAGUGCUGCAGAGUUGAAGACCAGCGUGGGCUUCUAACCAAAGAACAGCUGGAAGUUCCUUUGUUCCUGCAGCUGCCACAGGAGCCCCAAUCCCAAGAGUCCAGCACAGAUGCAGAUUCUACUGCUCAUCCGGACAAGGUUACAACUGACAAUGCCCCAACUUCUAGUCCGUCUGAACCUCAGCGGCAAGACCUGCGAGAAACUUCUGUAUAA